GUGAGGAGCUAGUGCGCGGAGGUGGGGCCGCCGCGCUUGCUGCGGGGUGGGCGAGCGACCGACAUGGCGACCCCCGCGAGCCCCCUAGCUCCCGUGGCAGUCCUGAUGCUGUUGCUUUGUGGGGCUCCCUGGACCCACGGGCGGCGGAGCGACGUGCGCGUCAUCACGGACGAGAACUGGAGAGACUUGCUGGAAGGAGAGUGGAUGAUAGAAUUUUUUGCUCCAUGGUGUCCUGCUUGUCAAAAUCUUCAACCAGAAUGGGAAAGUUUUGCUGAAUGGGGAGAAGAUCUUGAGAUUAAUGUUGCAAAAGUAGAUGUUACAGAACAGCCAGGACUGAGUGGACGAUUUAUCAUAACUGCUCUUCCUACUGUUUAUCAUUGUAAAGAUGGUGAAUUUAGGCGCUAUCAGGGCCCAAGGACUAAAAAGGACUUCAUAAACUUUAUAAGUGAAAAAGAGUGGAAGAGUAUUGAACCUGUUUCAUCAUGGUUUGGUCCAGGCUCUAUUCUGAUGAGUAGUAUGUCAGCACUCUUUCAGCUAUCUAUGUGGAUCAGGACUUGCCAUAACUAUUUAAUUGAGGACCUUGGAUUACCGGUAUGGGGAUCAUACACAGUUUUUGCUUUAGCAACUCUGCUCUCAGGACUAUUAUUAGGACUCUGUAUGAUAUUUUUGGCAGAUUGCCUUUGUCCUUCAAGAAGACACAGACCACAGCCAUACCCUUCCAAAAAAUUAUUACCAGAAUCUUCUCAACCUUUGAGAAAAGUGGAGGAGGAACACGAAGCUGAUGAUGAAGAUGUUUCAGAAGAAGAAGCUGAAAGGAAAGAAGGAACAAACAAAGACUUUACGCAGAGUGCCAUAAGACAACGCUCUGUGGGUCCUUCAUUGGCCACAGAUAAAUCCUAGUUAAUUUUUAUGACUAUCAAUAUGAUUUGGACAUAAACAGAUGAAUCAUUUCUUUUGGUUUGAAGUGAACUGUAACUUUGUACACUGGAGGAUUCAGUCUAUAUUGUCAUUAGAUUGAAAGGUCUGCCUUCACAAAAUAAAAGAUAGCACUGUGUAAAAAGUUUGAAAUAGGAUAUAACAAUAGUAUGGUGGUUUAAACAGUUUUUUAAUAUUUUGAAGAAUCUGGUGCCAAGCAAUAAGAUUUGUGUAUGUUUGUUUAAUAAUAACCUUUCAUAAUAAAAUUUUUCUGAGUUAAAAACUUA